AUGAGCCUUGAGGACCGCGGGGUUGUCGCAAUAUGGGAGGGGGAGUGGCUCUGGCUGAGGCGGCAGCUGUCCACGGUGCGCCAGACGGUGUGGAUGUUUGGCGCCCUUUUGGGGCCCGUCUUUGACUUUGCUGCCUACUUGGCCACCGCCAAGGUGUGCGUAGCGCGGGCCGACCGUUUUGUCACGGAGCAGACAUUACUUGCCAGCGAGCAACUUCGUCGGCGUCAUUGGAUCCUGCCGGCGAUUGGCAUCACCUCAGCAAGUCUCUUUGUGUUGUUUAAGAGCUCACCGUGGGGAACAUAUCGGGCUUUCCGCAACGGCGCUGUCACGGCUGCAUUGCUCACGUGUUUCCUUCUGCCGCGGGAGAUCAUCGAUGCCGUCGACGCCGAGUUACCAUUUAGCACAAGAGACACACGCGGUGUGGAGGAAAACGCCAGGGACAUACGUGAAAAGUAG